ACUUGUUCAGUAUCAGUUACUCUAAUAAAUUAUAAACCACACCAUCUAUAAAUUUUAAAAUGGCUCCUAAAGUUAGAGAAGAUUUGGUUGUCCCAUACAGACAUGUUCCAGCCGGUGUACGUGCUGAAGCUUCAAGUGUUGUUUCACAAUCUUUACCUAUGGCCGCUAUGUUUAUGAGAAAUAAAAUGUUAUCAUGGGCAGCAGUUUUCUUAGCCGUUCAAUCUUAUUUAAAUGAACCAAUAAAUGCUCCAAAGAAAGAUUCUGAUUCAGCCCAACCUCCAUUAUUAAGAAUUGGUUUUGCUUUCAUUUCUUUAGUUACUUGUUAUAUUGAUCUUAUAUUCCCAGCUGCUAAUCCUGCUAUUAAAAAGGCUGCUGAUGUAACUGCUGCUGUUACUUCAUCUAUUGCUAGUGCUUCAAGUACUGCCUAAGAAUAAUAAUAAUAGAAAUAGUAAUGAUGAUGCUGGUCAUUUUUUAAAUAUUAAUAAUAAGUAUA